GCCCCGCCCACAAGAGGGGCGUUUCGCUCCCUGUUUCUACUUGACGGGCGUACUUGCAACCUUUGACCGCUCGCACCGGAAAUACUACGCGUGUGCCAGCCGUUUGCAUGGUGAGCAUUCUGAUUUUGACUGCCGCAGUGGGAGCGGUGACGAUCUUGCUGGUCCAGAGACUAUGGGCUGUGUUUCGGCCCCAUCACGUCACUCGCCGAAAGUCGCUCGGACUCUUGAUAGUAGCCGGAUCUGGUGGUCACACCACGGAGAUCUUGAGGCUGGUUGGAAGCUUGUCCCCUGCUUACUCACCUAGGCAUUAUGUCAUUGCUGAGUCUGACGAGAUGAGUGCCAGCAAAAUCCAUGCUUUGGAACGUUCUCGAGCCGAGAGAGACUCUCCUACCAAGUGUCCCCAAUACCACCUUCACCGAAUUCCGAGAAGCCGGGAGGUUCGGCAGUCCUGGCUCUCCUCCGUGUUCACCACCCUGAACUCCAUGUGGUUUUCCUUUCCGCUGGUUCACCGAAUAAAGCCAGAUUUGGUGCUAUGUAAUGGACCAGGAACAUGUGUACCUAUCUGUGUGUCUGCCCUGCUCCUUGGGAUUCUUGGAAUCAAGAAAGUGAUCAUUGUCUACGUCGAGAGCAUCUGCCGUGUGGAAACUUUAUCCCUGUCUGGGAAGAUUCUUUGGCACCUCUCUGAUUUCUUCAUUGUUCAGUGGCCAGCUCUUAAGGAGAAAUACCCCAAAUCUAUAUACCUUGGACGAAUUGUUUGACAAAUGGUAACUUAAGAGUCUUGAGAAUUUUCUAAUCACCAAUAAUAUUUACUAUAAUAGCUAUCUUUAUUGUAAAGUUUUCCAAAAGCCCAAAGAAUUACCAGUGAUGAAGAAUUUAAAGUGUGAAAUAACUCAGUGAGGAAAGACAGACAGUAGGCACAGAGUACCCAUCAAAUCACUAUGUCUGUGCACUAAGAUAUUUUUCUAAAUAAAAGAGUAUAACACUGCU